AUACUCUUUUAUUACUUUACUUUAAGCUCAUUAGUCUCAAGACUUCGCACGCCCUAUUGUUACAUCGCGCCAACGCUUAAUUCAAAAUCAGUGCCCUAACUGCUAUUCAUUUUUUUUUUCAGUUUCUUCAUAACUGUGGUUUUGAACGUAUUUAAGAAAUUUUACAUUUUUCAUAUAUAUCUUUGAACAUACCCUACUGGCUCAUCUGGUUCCUUGGUUCUUGUCGUGGCUAGCUGGAAAAGAAGAAAAAUAAGAAAUCAAUAUAGUAUAAUCAAAGCUAGCUACCUACACCUGUCAAGUUGAACUUACGCUUAUCAUUCAGCCAGCAUACCCUCCCCCCAACAUAUACCAACAACAACCAUGACUGCAAGCACACAAUAUAACUAUAACAGAAGAAACUCAACCACUUCAUCUUCUCCAUAUACUAUUCCUGCCAAACACCAACAAGUGCAUGUACAACACAUGCCAUCUUCGUAUCAAAACCAUCAUCACCACCAUAGUCACCAUUACCAGCAACAACCCUCCCAAUAUGCUCCUCAACAACAGCAAAUUCACCACCAGCAACAGUUUGCACAAAAUACUGCUCCAUUAUCCUCAUCAGUACCGACUUUAACUCGUGAAUUUGUGGUGCGUAGAAUCAGUGAAGGAGAAACAGGAAGAUUAAAGGAAGAAUUAAGAUGUGAAGCCUGUGGUAAAGGAUACAAACAUAUCUCAUCUUUAGCCAAGCAUCUUUGGGAGCAUACUCCUGAGUGGAAUGUUACCAAGAAAUUAUUGAUUUCCAAGCAUCAACAAGUCCAGCUCUUAGAAGCAGCCAGUAUAUUAGUAGGCAUGAAUGAACCGGCAGGAACCACCAUCAAUACUCGUCAACAUAGUGUACAUCAACGUCAUCCCUCUUCUGAUGACCCCAAAUAUUCCUCUCCAUUUUCACCACCUUUCCCAUCUAAUGACAACAGUUCAAACACACCAACUCCUCCAUUAAAUGAACCAUCACCUAAGUUUAAGAAUGGAUAUCAAACUGACGAAAUAUUCCGUGGUGCUAGUGAUUCAAACUUGAAAUUUGACAGAUCCCAUUCUGUAUCUCAGUACCCACCUUCGAUUAACGGACAUAGGAGAGAGCCUUCGUCCCCUGCGCUCAAUGGAGGAUACUUGACAAAGCCAACCCUUAAAGAAGAAGACAACGAACAUGAUCAUGACCAAGAACAUGGAUUGAAAUCUCCAAGUUUAUCUUCUUCCUUUGCAAAUGGAUCAGACUUCCAAGCACCACCAGUGAGGACGAAAUUUGCCCAGAUUGAGCAUGACGAACAUGAUGAAAAUGAUGAUAAUAAAAAAGAUGAAUCAUUUGAUGUAGGUGUGCUUGGACAAAUGGAAGAUUAGUUGAACUAAUUUAUGAAAUACCCACGAUGUCAUCUACUACCUUUGUAAAUAUACAUUAUAUUUAUACCCAACAGAAAAUUCAUAAAGCAAAAAUAUCAUAAAAUAUCACCAAUUUAUAAAAAAAAGACGUUUUUUAUACUUCAAAAGUUCUAAUUCUAAAGAUAAACGGUUUAAUACAUAUCAAUAAUUUUCUUUUAUAAGUUUGUGGUUUUUUGUAAUCACGUGCAAUAGCUUUUUGACUGGGGGGGAUGGGUCGGUUGAGAACUCUAUG